GAAGACUCCCAAAACGAGCACAGGUGUCAUUGCUGAGUGAUGGGUUUUUGGGCCAAUGAGGAGACGUGAAACGUCACCUGUGGCUCCAGGUUAGGGGCAGGACAUUUAGCGGCCGGCCGGGUCUUGGGAGUAAACCGGAUCGGUUUUGAGUGAUAGGAAGAGGCGUGUGCUGAGACAUCGGAGCUAUUGUUGGAGCGUAGGCUUUUCCAGCCCCAUGUCGGCUGAGCGCGAUACCGUGCAGAUCCCUGAUGACCUGGCGUUCGCCUCGUUCAGGGAGCAGUGUGAAUCAGCGCACGGCUGGCAACAGAAAUACAGCAAGUCGGAGAUAGGCGUGUGGGUGCAGGCCGCUUCCGAGGGCAAAGCCGUGCACAGGAUCAAGUGUAGAAUUGAACUUAAAGAUGUUCCUGCAGAGACGGUGUAUGAUGUGCUACAUGAUAAUGAGUACCGCCGUAAGUGGGAUAAGCAGGUCAUCAAGACUUUUGACAUUGCACGGCUCACGGUGAAUGCAGACAUUGGGUAUUAUUCAUGGAAAUGCCCAAGUCCCCUGAAAGACAGGGAUGUGGUUAGUUUGAGAUCAUGGCUGGUCACAGAUAACGAUUACAUGAUUAUCAACUACUCUGUGAAACACCCUAAAUACCCUCCUCAGAAGGAUCUAGUCAGAGCUGUGUCCAUUCUAACAGGUUACCGAGUCCAAUCUACUGGUUCCAAAAGUUGCAAUCUCGUAUAUAUGGCUGAGGCAGAUCCGAAAGGGUCUCUGCCAAAGUGGGUGGUCAACAAAGCUUCUCAGUACCUGGCACCAAAAGUUCUGAAAAGACUCCACAAAGUGUGCCUGAAGUACCCAGAAUGGAAACAGAAGAACAGGCCAGACUUCAAACCCUGGCUUUACCCAGAACAGAAUGACCUGCCAACCAUGAGCCUCUCUGAACUCUCAAUCCAGCAUGCAGACUCGCUGGAAAAUAUUGAUGAAAGUGGCCUAUCUGAAGGGAACAAUGGUAGUGAUGAAGAAGAAUGUGGACCUAAGGGCUUAAAAGACUGAAACCAUGUUGCAGUUUCCUUUGUAGUGCUGUAGGCCUUUGAAGUUUGGUGGAGGGCUGGUGAGGAGACAGUGGGAGUUCAUAAUUAGUCCUUGGAAUUUGGGAGGAGAAUUCUUAAUUAUUGAUUAAUUUAGUGGUUGGGGAGGUAGCUGUUAUUGAACCAAGGUUAUGUACAUAUGGAAACUGACAUUCAGGCAAUAAAUAAAAAAUUUGUGCAUGCUACGGGCUAAAGUCAUUAGUAACGGUGUUAAAUUGAAGGAUCAGCCAUGAUGAUUUUUUUGAUCUAUUUGGUUUUUAAUGUGCCUUGCAGGUAGAAAUAUUGUGGUGAGUUAGUAAAGGGAUACCUUACGAAUUUGUCCUUUUAAUGAGGUUGAGGGACUCUUGAAUUAGACAUGCUGGGUCUCUGUUGGUGUGAAAGAAUACUUACAAGUAUUAUGUGGUGUUGGUUUUGAUUUGUAGGUCACUUUGAAACAUGUUAUGAAGAAGUAUUUUUGAAACAAAAUUACUUAUUCCAGUUCCAGACUUCAGCAUCUUCCCUCCUUGCAACCAUUAUUUCUGUUUGUACGGUUCUCGUUUUGGGAUUAACAAUAAUUCUCUAAUCUUGAACUGAGUUCAAGAAAAAGUUCCUGAUUUUUGUGCAGGAUCACUCAUGGUUAUUGUGCAGCUUUUGAAUUUUGCACUGGUCUUUGUUAAUUCAGAUAAUGACAAUAUUAACCCUAAAUAACUUAAUCAUCAAUACGUUUGGGAAAACAUCAUGGUUCACUCACUUAGUUUUAUUUCUUACUGUAAUUUAAACAAAGUCUUAUGUAAGACUAUAAAUUUGGGUGCCUGGAGGUGGAGGGGGCUGGUGGUGAGGUGUGGUACGCAAGUCUGUUUCUCUUCUAAUGGAGCAAUUCUUUCAAAGACAAGAGGAUCCAGCAGCAGCACUACUUCAAUGUAUUUGUAUCAGCUCCUGUUUUCCUCUGGUGGUUUGAUAUUUAAAUUGAAACAUUUCUUCCUGAAUACUAUUGAAUCCAAUUUCCCACCACUGUUUUAAAAAAGCUGACAGUGCAGCAAGGUAAAUAUAUGGAUAGAAGAUUUGAAAUCUGCAGUGAGAAUCAGGACUGAAGUGGAGAGUUAUCAUUUUUAUAUGUGUGAGGUUCAUGGAGUUAUCGUACAGCUGAGCAGGAGCAUACUGGUUGAAAUGAGAAAAGCGGAGAGAAAAUGUGUAAUGGUUGUCAACUGGCAGGAAGGUGAAGUUUUCAGUGGAUGCAAAUUUCAUAUUAUUGCUCUUCAUGUUGUACAACAAUGAAUUGUAGCCUUUUGAGUGUAAUUUGCAUACAGAACUAUGUACAGUAACCUCAUUUGGGGGAAGAGAAGUAGAGAAAAGUUUCAGGAAUAUUUUAGUUUGGGUUUGCAUUUUAAAAAGUGGUGGUUAGACCUAAAUGAUUGUAAUUAUAAUUAGUACCCAAAUAUGUUUUUUUAAACAAUGAUGGAAGCAAGAAUUGGCAUGUUUCAUUUUGUUCAUAAAUUGGCAAAUUGGUAUGUGCAAACAGUACUUUAACACACACUGUCUUACAACAGGGCUCUGUUUUUGUGACCCAUGACGUAAAAGAAACCACAAAUGGAUUAUUUCUUUGAUAUGACCGCCAAGGUUUAACAAUCUGUAAUCAUUCACAGUUGGUUAGAAAUUAAGUUUAAGAGCGCGGUUGAGGCAUGUUCGAUACCGGGAGACAUGAUUGUGACUCAUAAUUCCUGCAUUUAAUUCGCUUUGUUUGCAAGAAUAAAAACCACUUCUUCAGAAACUGCAGUAGCCUUAAGACAUCAGCAUUAAGUUGUUCUUCAGUUGGUUAAUGAAGUUUUACAGCAAUAAGUUUAAAAAUGUUUACUGCUCCUAAAUGUGAAUCAAGGAAUCAUUAAGGCAAGGCCUUCAUUUUCUCUCCUGCACUUCAAAAAAAAAAUUUUGUUGGACUGACUAACUUCAGGUGCCUACAGUAAUCAUACAGAGAAUGUGGAUGCCAUGGUGCAGUUAGAGCAAUGGAAUUAAGAAAAUUGUUGAAGGUGAUAAUAUAUUUUGAGAACAAAGUCAUGAAAUUGGAAUUUAAGGAUAUUUUUGGUAUUUUGUAAAGUUGUAAACUGGAUUUUUGUAACUUCAGAAUAAACCAGAAAUUUAGAAAUAACUAGAGAAUCCUGGGAUCUCAAACCUAGUAGGUACAUGAAGAAGCUGGGAAAACAGUUCUACAAAUAUGAUCAGUAACUCAGUUUUGCUUAUGAAUAAUUUCCAGCUGAACAACCACAGAUGCUAAGCAACCUUUCCAAAUAUUUUAUACUGCCUAUUUCUUGGGAAUCUGCCAUGCUAAUAUGUUUCAAAAUCAUUGAUUAUAGGGCCCUGUUGACAGGUAAGCAGGUUCCCCGUCCUGCCUCAUAACUUGGAAAUAGUGGUACCCCAAGAAGAUGACAGUUAGUGAGUAUUUUUAAUGCAUGGCUCAAAAUGUAUCAAUCUCCCUAGUGCUAUUUAUGCAUGUGCUGGUUUUGAGGUCCCUACCUGUCUCUAACAGGCUGAAAAAUGGUUCUAUUUUUGUGAAAAGAUCCAUGUUCCUGCUGAGUCAUUUGGUGCCAUUUUGUGUGCAAAGAAAUUGUGUAUACCUGCUUUUUGUCCUGUAUAGAUAUUUUAUAAUACUCUGAUAUCAAGUGACUCCUUAAUAUUGUUGCCUCUGUAGUGUUCACAGUAUUGUCAGUUAAGCUUAUUUAUUGUACUUAAAAGGAAAAAUUACACUGAAACCAAUUUCAAAUUUUGCUAAAACUCUAUUGAUGUGAUGCUCAGCUCAAAUUUAUACAACCAUGUAAUCAGCAUUACUUCACCCCAAUCCAAAAUGCCCUAUUUAACCUCAGGCAGAUUAAAAAUUGUCAUUGUAAUGCUAGGUUUUUUUAAUCACCAUUCAAAAGGGCCCAGCAUGAAAAUUUCAUGCACUCAUCCAUUAUGCUUUACUGAAAUCUUAGUACUAAUACUGGUGUGUUACCAGUAAAUUCUUUCUCUGAUCACCUAAUGUUGCUUGUUAAUUUGCUGUUUGUUUCUGAAAUCUCCUGUAAGUGUUACAGGAGUGUGUUGAUUAAAAAUAUUAAGUGGAAGGCUGGGCCCAUAAUUUGUUGCAUUGGGAGUAGCAUUUUAAUGCUCAAGUUGCAUUUUACUGAACGGUUAGAAAACCUGAGCAAAGUAUCUUCAGUGUUUAGAGGCUCACAGAUGUACAUUUUUCCUCUUGCCUGUAUCACAAAAAUAUUAAUGGAGUUUUAUUCUUUGAGUAUUAUCCCAGUGGAAUAGAGCUGUAUAACUAAAUUUCUUCAAAGACUUAUAGUCUUGCUUACUAUUUUUAUAUUGGCGAUAAAUGCUCCAUCCAAUUCAGAUGAGACCAUCUUGUUGCUGUUUGAAUUGAGCAUUUAUCAGAGCUGAAGUUUGUCAUGUCACGUUGGGGAGAAGUCUACACCCUUACAAAAAGCAGGGGUAAAUCCUGGGGUCUUUUUUUAAAGUGUACUUUAAAAUAUAGAAUGUAACCUAUUCCAAUCAAUAUUUUAGAAGGUAAAAAAUUAUCAUCCUGGAUGAUCUGUCACACUUAUAUUAUAAACAGAACAUUAUAGCAGGCUAUCAGAAAUCUUUGGGAGUUUCUGUAAUAUCUGUACAACCAUGUUACUGCCAUCAAUCUAGUUGGCUUCCAACUCUUGAGUGUAUCUCCUGCAAGGUUUGGGUUUGUGGUUGAAUAUAGACUGUGCCAAUAGCCUCUUUUCCUAUUCACCAAGGAAGGGGCUGGUCAAAGGAGCUGAAGUGCUUUUACACAUACUGUUAGAUUCUUGAAUACAAGAUGGCUUUUAAGCCCAAGAUCUUUGUCUGACUGUGUGGUAGAGGGUUCAGCUUGUACACCUAUAGUACUUACAUUACACUGGCAGUUUAUUUAUUUUUUCCAGCCUACACAAAAUAUCUCACAAAUGAAGGACCUAAGUGCAAUUGUGUAUUUCAUUCAUAACUUCCAGAAAGAAGGACAUUUUGUUAAUGUUCCUAGUAUUUUGUAUGUAGUUUUAUGACUGAGAAUUGCUCAUGCUGAUUUUUCAAAAAGAUUGAAGUGGGAAAGGAAACAUUUUCAGUUCAAUCUGAGUUAUCACUUCUGGCUGUUAUGUUUUUUUGUGUGAAAGUUCACCUUUUCAUGUUUUGAUGUAAAUGAGGCAGGAUUUAUCUUUAAUGUAGGAUUUAUCUUUGAAACAAUUACAUUCAUUACAGUGCAGAGUUCCAAAAGUACCAAGGCACUUUUUCAUGCAAUUGUAUUUUGUUCUUUAAUUAUGACACUAACUGAUUAUCUGCAUCAGCACAAGAUUAGCUACUGUCUGAGGGAGCACUUAAAUCAAAUCUGGAACUAUCAGAAGGAAAUUUGGCAUUAAUUCCCUUCAUUACGCAAGGUAAUUCUAAUGAGCUAUAUUUAUGUAAAUGCAGACAAAGUCUGGAGUAUUAAGCAAAAUCUGUAUUUGACAAAUCCUUAAGACAAUUUGAAUUGUGCAUAUGAAAACUACCAAUUAAUCAUUGAUAAUGGCACACUUAUUUGUGGAUGUUGCAAUUGAGGAGGAAACCAUUUUUAAUUAUAGUUGUAAGAAAAUGGAUAAAGUUUUCAGAUCUUGGGCAUGGCAAUGAUAGGGUCCCUCAUUGAGCUUCAGUGUCCUGUUAGAAAGCAGCAAGUCAACCAGGGUUCCCAGUCCUGACCGCUAGCCAGAGACCCCUGCUAGUCAGGGCAUUGUUGAGGACCACAUAACAUACCACCCAAAUAGUUUACAAAUACCCGAAACACAUUUCUACAUAUACUCUAAUCUUUCUCACUGUUAACUUUGAAAGAGUGGCAGACGCCCUGGAUAGACUAUUCAAGCUGUUUUUCUGGGGCUUCUAUGGCUCUUCUGCAAAGUUACAGAGCACAAAUGGAACAUCCUUGCAAAAAUUCUCCAGUGUUUAUAGUCACCAGAUGAAAUUUGUUACUUGAACAAGAUGCCAGGGGACAACUGGCACUUGUGUAAUUGUAUCCUUGUUCAAUACAUUGCUUCUCUCAAAUUUUAACAUGUACAAAUGAAAGGAAAAAAUUAGUUGAAAGAAAACAAAACUAUAAAGGUUUUUCACAAUUGUCACAGACCAACUAUUACUAGGGGAGGGGGUGAAAUGAGAGAAACAACUGUUCCAUUCCCACAAUUUCCCAAACUUUGUUUCUUAAGUUUUAGUUUUGUCAAGUGUUGCUUAUUAAGGGUGGGGAUUGCCCUGUAAUCAAGGGAUGUGUGUGUGUGUACACUCCAACAAUGAUAUUUCAGUUUUGUUCACUGUAGUUUUGCACUAAAUAGGUGAUCUCACUCAAGUCACGUGGCUUAGGUGAGAAAACUGUAGGGGUCUGUUUCCGAGGUAUUAAGGUAUAUUAAACCCAUUCAUUAGGAAGAUUUAUUUAAACUCUAAUCUGUGUAAAACUUGAUCUGGGAAUACAUGAUGGGGUAGAUGUGAAUCUUUACUCUGCAUCUAACUAAUUUUGUAUCUGACCUAAAAAUGCUCAAUGCUAAUGCUGCAAAAAUGUUGGCUUUAAUAUAAGCAUCCAUUAAUAUACUACACAAUCAAACUCUUAACUGUUAGGAAUUAAUCCAACUGAUGCAUCUAUAUGUGGCAAUAAUAUUAAGGCUUCUGGUGUCUCUGCAUAAAAGAUGAGUUUGGUACUCCCGUUGUUUGUUCUAAUCUAAAGAACAAGAUGACCUAGUAAGGUCCCACAUCUGAUUCUUUCUAGUUUGGCAAUAGGGCAUUGCAAAUAGUUAGGGUAGAGUCAUGAUCAUGCUUCUCUUACAGACUGUUAUUUACCAUCUUGUGUGGACAUUGAAUAAAGAUCAGUGCAGUGAUUUUCCCCCUCCCCUCUCUUAUGAUUGCAUAACUUACCAACACCUCAAUCUGGACUUGCUUGGACUGUUAGUGCCUUUGGUAGAGAAAAUUAGAAAGGGAAAUAAAUGGACAUGGUGGCUUCUGUUGAUUGAAUUCUGAGCUAGGUGAAUGGAUUAUAUUUGAUACUCUGUUGGUUUUGACACUGAAACCUUCUGAAUACAACAACAUAGCCAAAAUCAUACUUGAAUCAAUUUCUGUAUCUAAAUGCUAGUAUUACAAAUCACUUAGAUAUGUUUACAUUGAUUUUGAGUUGUAACAAAUUGCUGGGUUUUUUGGAUCUUGAAUUAUAGCUAUUAUAUAAUUGUCAAAUUCUUGCAAUGGGUCAUAAUCAAGUUAAUAAUGAAAUAUAAUUCAAACUUAAUUUCUUUUUACUAAACUACUUUGUAAUUCUUUUUAAACAUUUUCUUACAAGUAAAAUAUGGUCAUUGAA